AUGCUGGCCCCUGUCCUGCGGCAGUACCUGGAGAAGCUCUCAGCCAUUGUGGACAGCAACAUUAACUGCGGGCCUGUCCUCACCUGGAUGGAGAUCGAUAAUCAUGGCAACCGGCUGCUGGUGAACGAGGAGGCCUCGAUCAACGUCCCGGCCAUUGCGGCUGCCCACGUCAUCAAGCGCUACGCGGCCCAGGCCCCUGACGAGCUGUCCUUCGAGGUCGGGGACAUUGUGUCGGUAAUCGACAUGCCCCCCAAGGAGGAGGUCAGCUGGUGGCGAGGAAAGCACGGCUUCCAGGUCGGUUUCUUCCCCAGCGAGUGUGUUGAGCUCUUCCCGGACCGCCUGGCGCCAGAGCUCAAAGCAGACACAGACGGGACAGGCGCCAGCAUCCCUGGGGUCCUCACGCCUCAGGGGCCCCUCUCCCCCACGUUGGUGUGUAAGAAGCACGGGAAGCUCCUCGGUUUUCUUCGCACCUUCAUGAAGUCACGGCCCAGCAAGCAGCGACUGAAGCAGCGCGGGAUCCUGCGUGAGCGCGUCUUCGGCUGCGACCUGGGGGAGCACCUCCUGAACUCGGGGCACGACGUUCCCCAGGUCCUGCGCUGCUGCUCAGAGUUCAUUGAGAAGCACGGCAUGGUGGAUGGGAUCUAUCGCCUCUCGGGCGUCGCCUCCAACAUCCAGAAGCUGCGGCACGAGUUCGACAGCGAGCGGGUGCCGGAGCUGGGCCGGGCGACCUACCUGCAGGACAUCCACUGCGUGAGCUCCCUGUGCAAGCUCUACUUCCGCGAGCUGCCCAACCCGCUGCUCACCUACCAGCUCUACCACAAGUUCGCGGAAGCUGUGGCGGUGCCCGGCGAGGAGGAGCGCCUGGUGCGGGUGCAUGACGUCAUCCAGCAGCUGCCACCGCCCCACUACAGGACCCUGGAGUUCCUACUGCGGCACCUGGCGCGGGUGGCCACACACAGCCCAGACACCAGCAUGCACGUCAAGAACCUGGCCAUCGUAUGGGCCCCCAACCUGCUCCGGUCGCUGGAGCUGGAGGCCGUGGGGCUGAGCGGGGCGGAGGCCUUCCACGAGGUGCGGGUCCAGUCCGUGGUGGUCGAGUUCCUGCUCAACCACGUCCAGGUGCUGUUCAGCGACAAGUUCACCUCCAUCGGCAAGGACAGCGCAGGGCGCUCCUACCUCCCGCGUCCCAAGUCUCUGCUGGGCAGCUGCCCCUCGACCCGCCUGCUCUCUCUGGAGGAGGCUCAGGCCCGGACGCAGGCCCAGGCCCAGCACACGGCCCCUGGCCAGGCCAAGAGACCUGAGGCCGAGACCGGAUGGGGGCCCCCGGGGAGGCUGCCCCUCACGCUGGACUCCCCCCAUGACAGGCGCCAGGCGCGGGGCGGGAGCUGGAAAACCUUCUUCGCCUUGGGCAGGGCACCUGCCAUCAGCCACAAGAGAGUGCAGCACCCGGGCGGGCAGACGGGGCUCCGGGCCGACACUGUCACGCUGCGAUCCGCCAAGAGUGAGGAGUCACUCACGUCUCAGUCCAGCACCGCGGGCCUGCACAAACUGAACCGCCUGCGGCGCCCGCGCUCCAGCAGCGACGCCUUCCCGGCCCUGCCUGGAGCCCUCCCCGGGUCCCCGCCAGCCCCCCUCAAGCCCUGCCGCUCCUGCGAGUCGCUGAGCUCCUCGGCCUCCGGCGGCUACAGCGAGAGCCUGGCACCCCAUCGCCGCACCUCCCUCUGGCUGGACGAUGAGGGCGAGCUGGACUCGGACCCAGAGCUCAGCCCCCCCGGCUUCCUGGACUUGGACCUGCUCCCCUUCCGGCACAGCCCCCCCUGGCGCCCCUCGCUCUCUGAGGCCUCUGACUCGGCCCCCAGCCCCGCCCGCCUUCCCUUCGCCUGCAAGGUGACCCGGGCGCUUUCACCCCGCGGCCCGGAGCCUCCCACAGCUGCCCUGGAGAUCUCGGAGCCCGUGGCCAUCUCACUGCCUGCCAAGGUGCUGGAGAUGCUUGGGGGGGGUGAGGCUGGGGGUGUGCUGAGGCCCGGACGGCGCUGGGGAACGUGCAGCCCCCCCCACAUGAUCUCCCGGCUGCUGCAGGCCGGCGACGGGAUGCUGACUGACAGCUGCCAGCGUGAGGUGCAGCACAAACUGACCCAAGCCGAGAGCGGAAGCCUGGCCCAGAGUCCUGAGUCGGAGGCUUCCCCCCCACUGCCCGGGGCGCUGUGCCUGUUUCGGCACGUGCCGCCCCCGCCGCCCCCAAAGAACCCAGCCCGGCUGAUGGCGCUGGCACUGGCAGAGAGCGCACACCGGGCCGCCCGGCAGCAGCAAGGGGCGCCACGCAGGGAGCAGCGUGCCCAGUUCCGGCGCUCCCUGUCCCUGGAAGGUGGGGGGGAGGGUGCAGCAAUGGGGCCGGGCACCCUGUACUCUGUGGUGCGCCCUGGCCCUGCUGCCCAGCUCCCUGACCCCUCUCUGCAGCGCCAGCAGAGUGAGGGGGAACCCCGGGGCCAGCGUCAGGAGCGUGCAGGGGGCCCCCAGGUCACAUUGGCCAAGGCUCCUGCCCCAGGUAGGGAGGGGGGCAGGGCCAGCUUGGCAGCCCCUUCCCACUACAGCAAAGCCCUCCCUGACACCCACCACUGGGGCCCCGAACCCCACCCGCCCUGCCAGACCCAGCCGCUGCCCUUCCCCCGAGCACUGGACCCUGCCCCCCGCCACCCGCAGGCCCCACCCAAGCCCCCAACCCCCCUGCACUUCCACCCCCCACCUGCAGCCUGUCUCAACGCCACCCCCCAGUGGCUGGGCCCCCCCUGCGCUGCCCCUCCAUAUCCUCCGGAGUCACAGCUGCACCAGCGCCACCACUUCCUAGCUCCCCGCCCCCCCGGCGCUGCCACACCCCCCCAGCGCCCGCUGCUGGAGCCCGCAGCCGAGAACCUGUACUACGAGAUCGUCCCAGAGCCGCCCGUCUACCGGCCCUGGCCCCUGGGCCCCCCGCGCCUCCCGGCACCCCGCGAGUACAUGGCCGCCCUCAAUGCCUCCUACGGCGUCUUCCAGCAGCCCAGGCCCAACCCCUCGGCCCCAACACCACCCCUCUGGGCCAUCUUCGAGGACGGGCGCGUCCGCUACGAGCCACCGGAGCCCAUCUAUGUCAACGUCCCCUUUGCUGGCCCUGCCGCAGGGCCAGAGGCCGGGGGGCACCGCCGCGGCAGGGCCACCCCCCCCUCAUCCUCGUCCUCCGCCUCGGCCUCCCCUCCGCCGGAGGGCGGGCACCUGCGCAGCCGCUCUGACCCUGGCGCUACCUGCGCCGCCCUGCGCCGCCCCCCGGUGCCGGCCCUGCCGCAGAAACAGAGGCAGGGCCUGCAGGCAGCACCAGGCUGGGCCUACGGACCGCCAUCAGUGCCCGGACUUUACCGCCAGCUACUAGACGUGCUGCCCUGUGGCGGCACCAUGCUGCGGUUCUACCGCCCAGCGCCACCUGGCUGGGAGCCAGCCACCGGCUGCACUCCCCCCUUCACCACCUACGCUGAGCCCAAGCCCCGGCCUCCUGCCCUCCUCAGCCCUGGCCUGCUGGACGGUUACCGGCUGGGGCCCUACUCCCCCUAUGCCAAGCGCCUGCCCCCCCAGUAUGGCAACGUGGAGAGGAAGGAGGGGCCGCCCCCACCGCCUGCGUGCCUGGCUCCCAACUGGACGGUGCACUCUGAGGGGCAGACCCGGAGCUACUGCUGA